CCCAGGCCGAAUUGUUGGAGCUCUUGAGCCCCCCACCGUUCAACCAGAAGAAAUGUGUUCCUCCCGAUGCUGUGAUCUUGACAUCUCCUGAAGAGCGUUGGUGGAGGUCUGAUUCGCCCCGUCUGCCUGGGGACGAGUUUGCGGACGUGCCACCACCAAAGCAGUCGGAUCCCUCCCUGUCAGCCACUUCGGGAUCAAAGGGCCACGGGCUUCGUUCGGGACCCAUCUUGUUCCAAACCACCUCGCAGACGGGCUGCGGCACGGCGGCGCACUUCAAGAUGGAGGAAGGAGUCCCUCCAGUGAUCUCGGGCUUCAGCGGUCACUUCCCGGGAAAGCAGGGAGCCAACAUCAUCGGUGCCACCUUCGAUAAGUCCUACACAGAGUCCUUGUCUCAUACCAUCUCCCUGGGAAAAUGAUGCCAGUCGUUUGUGGCCAGCCACGGUGAAGUGCGACAGCAAUGGAUCGAGGCUCGAGG